AUGCUGUCUCAACGUGGCCAGAAAAGUGCCGCACGCCAGGAUGUCCCCUGGCGGUUCGCACCUGGAGGAGGCAACCGCUACGAUCCUCACAAGAACCCUGCAGGAGUCAUAUCCUUCGCCCUAGCCGAAAAUCACCUUGUUAAGAAAGAACUUGGUGACUAUGUGAGAGACAAUGUAGUGAUCCCCGAUGAUGCUUUCACAUAUGGAUUUAGUACCAUGGGUGGACCUCUCUUCCCGGAUGCUAUGGCUCAACAUCUCAAUCGCUUCUUCAACCCAGUCAAGCCUGUCGAAUCAAACCAGGUUAUAAGCGCGUCAUCUCUGACUGCCAUUCAUGAAAUGGUAGGUAGUGCCCUCGGAGAUCCUGGUGAUGGGAUCUUGGUUAGUCGACCGGUGUACGGGCGCUUCGAGCUGGACUUCGGUAAUACCAAUGACCUUAACAUCGCUUAUGCAGACUGCUCUGGAAUUGACCCUUUCUCGUUGGAGGUAAUUCCAAGAUUGCAGUCAGCACUUGACAGCUAUGCGUCACCAAGUGGGCGCAUCAAAGCCCUGCUUAUCGUCAAUCCUCACAAUCCCCUAGGUGCGGAAGCAAUAACACCACUCUUGGGAGAAUUAGGCUGA